AUUUAACUAUUUGUUCUCUUGGGAAAAGAGAGGCACCUGAGUCAAUGCUGGUCAGAGACACGCACCCCUCCCCCGCAAACUCUCUCUCACACAAACUGUGGCGUUUCGCGAAACCCGAGACGUUUCUCUUUUCCACACCAUAAAACGCACAGCACAGCACAGCAUCUCCAAACCUUCCCUUUUCUCUCCUUCCGCUACUCUGCGCCAUGGCCCAGCGCCGCAGCCCCCAACCUCUCCCAGAGCCAGACACCAAAGGAAACAAUUCCCACCAAAAACCGCAACACAACAAGGAAACAGAACGAGUCGCCGAAUCGCCUUCCGCCGCCGAGUCGCAGCGUGGCGAGUUACGGAGCUCCGACGAGCCUCGUACGGAGUCCAAUUUAGAAACCCUAGGCCAUGGUGUUUCCUCAUCGGUUGAAACCCUUGCUGUGCAGUCUCCGACUGACGAUUUGCAAGGGAGCUCUACCGCACUUAAUUCGGGUGCCAAAGCCGAAAGUAAGGAGACCGUUGGAUCUCCUGAAAAGGAAAUUAUUGAUAGAGGAGCAGUGCAGCCACUCCAAACUCAGACAGAAGAUCGGCUUCAGGUGUCUGUGUGUUCAACUCCAUUGUCUGAUCUAUCACCAACUUCUGUUACACAAUCUUUAUCAAUUGUUUCUAGUCCAACCAUACCGAAACAGAAAAUAUCUACUCCAAAGGUCAAUAACGCACAUGUGCCAGAAGUAGAUAAGAAAAAUCCUUCUGGUCGCAAAACCUUAUCUUCUGUUUCUAUUGCAAGGACAUCAGCAUCUGAUGGAUACAACUGGCGGAAGUAUGGUCAGAAGCAAGUGAAGAGUCCUACAGGUUCUCGAAGCUAUUACAGGUGUACUCAUUCAGAUUGUUGUGCUAAGAAGAUUGAAUGCUGUGAUGAUUCAGGUCAUGUGAUAGAGAUUGUAUAUAAAAGUGAGCACAGUCAUGAUCCUCCACGGAAGACUAAUUCCAUUAGGGAAAAUAAGUUUCUGUCUUCCAGUGAACCCAUUGUAGAAAACAGUGUUCCGGAGCAGCCUAUCAAAGUUCUGAAGGAUGCUGAUCCAUCCAUUUCUUCAAAAGAAUCUCUACAAGAAGCACCCUGCAGCACUGAUAAGAAACGACAAAACACAUCUAAUAUCAGUGGUAAUGGUAAAGUUAUUUUGAAAGAGGAACAUGUAAAUGAGCCAGUACCAAAAAAAAGAAUGAAGAAAGGUGACUUAACAGACAUGGAUUCUCCAGUAAAACCUGGAAAAAAAUCCAAGUUUGUUGUACAUGCAGCAGGAGAUGUGGGGAUAUCUGCUGAUGGUUACCGAUGGCGCAAGUAUGGGCAGAAAAUGGUGAAAGGAAAUCCACAUCCCAGGAACUACUACAGAUGCACUUCUGCUGGAUGUCCUGUCAGAAAGCACAUUGAGACCGCUGUAGAUAAUUCAGAUGCCGUCAUCAUAACAUACAAGGGUGUACAUGACCAUGACAUGCCAGUGCCCAAGAAACGACAUGGGCCACCAAGUGCUCCUCUUGUGGCUGCUGCAGCACCUGCCUCCUUGAACAGUUUGCAGGCGAAGAAAUCCGAUUCCCCACAAAACAAGAAAAUUUCUACUCAAUGGUCAGUGGACACCGAAGGAGAACUAACUGGGGAAGCACUGGAGCUUGGGGGUGAGAAAGCAAUGGAGUCAGCUCGAACGCUUCUGAGCAUAGGUUUUGAAAUUAAGCCUUGCUGAAUUCAUCCUUCAGAAGCCAUGCAGUUGUAACUAUAUAAAUUAAUUGGCAGGUCUCUUGUAAUUUCAUUGCUUCUCAUGUUUAUCCUUUUUUGUUAUUGUUUUUCUUCCUCACUUAGGCUUGUAGUGGAACAGUUGGUGUGUAUUUGCUUGUACACCGCUUCAACUUGUCUGAAACAGUUUGCUAGUUGUGGAACAAAUGUAGAAUUUAUUGGCAUCAUUUUAUUCUCACGGUCAUGGAGGGUAACAGUAGCAUUUUGGCAUUAUCAUUUCCAGAUUUCCUACUCAGAAGUCUCAAAUGAUUCCAUACAAAGAUUAUGUCAGCAAAUUACACAUACAUGUUGGUCAAAUCAACAAAGAGGUUUAGCUGAGAAUGGACUUGGGCCAAGUAAGGGUGCAUUUGUUUGUGUAAAUUUUAAUUCAUAAGGCUUGCAUUUCAUAUUUGGUGGUGCUGGAAUCCGGAAAAGGUUGAUGGUGAUAUAAUUUUUGUAUAAGUUCCGAUGCAUGGGGCAAUUAGAUUUAGCAUUUGCUUUUGUCACUUUUGGUUGUAAAAAAAUUCACGCAAUUUUUCACGAGAUAGAUGGUUAUGUAAAAUUCUUCUUGAA